UAUACAGCAGCCCACUUCACCUACUUCUGAAGUUAACUAUGGUACGUGGUAGGUAACCAACGGUUUUUCUUACGUAGUAACGUUAGUUAGCUGUGAACUUUAAGAACACAAUAGGUGUUGGACAGACGAGCCGGGCAGACAUGAUGCUUCCUCGCAGGCAGGACUACGGGAUGAAGAGGACUGGAGGACCGCGCAGUGGCUCCGUUAUAAACUUUAGGACCACGGUAAUCCCGGGCUCCGUCCGCCGCAGCUCCGCAGUGCUGCCGUCCGUGCUAACGUUUCUGGUGAUCGUAGCAUCCGGAGGCCUGCUGCUCAUGAUAGAGAAAGGAAUGCUGAACAGCAUGGAGACGCCUCCACCCCGGGGGAGCCUCAAGCGGCUGGACUUCAUGCGGCAAGUUGGGAAGCACAGUCCGGGUGCUGUGGACGUGGACUCCCAGAUCCUCCAGGAGAUCCGUAACCGCACCAUCAGGACCAUGUGCAGCCAGAAGAACAUGCCCCACAGCAUUUGGUCCCUGAGCCCUGUGCAGAGGAAGACGCUGCUGCAGCACAUCCUGGUGAAUGACCAGUACCACUUCCUCUACUGCUACGUCCCCAAGGUGGCCUGCUCCAACUGGAAGAGGGUUCUGAAGGUUCUGAACGGAGCUCUGGAGAGCGUGGACGUCAACAUCAAGAUGGACCACCGCAGCGACCUGCUGUUUUUGUCCUCUCUUAAACCAGAUGAGAUCCGCUACCGCCUCAAGCACUACUACAAGUUCAUGUUUGUGCGGGAGCCCAUGGAGCGCCUGCUUUCUGCGUACAGGAACAAGUUUGGAGAGAUUGAGUCCUACCAGAAAAAAUACGGGGUAGAGAUCAUAAAGCGGUACAGAAAAGGCCACGCUAAGGAGUCAGCUGUAACGGGAGAUGACGUGACAUUUGCAGAGUUCAUCCAUUACUUGCUGGAUGAGGAUGUGGAGCGCAUGAAUGAGCACUGGAUGCCGAUGUACAACUUGUGCCAACCCUGCGCUGUGUCCUACGACUUCAUCGGCUCCUAUGAGCACCUUGAAAGUGAUUCGGAGUUUGUGCUCCAGCGCAUUGGAGCGCCUCCUCAUGUGCGCUUCCCAGAGAGGCAAACGUGGUACAAGCCGGUCACCACAGAGACACUGCACUAUUAUCUGUGCACCUUGCCACAGAAGCUACUGAGGGAACUCCUGCCCAAGUACAUUUUAGACUUCUCCCUCUUCACUUAUCCUCUCCCCAACACAACCACUGAGCACUGCCGACAUUAAAUGU